AGCCUCGCAGCCGCCGAGCGCCGGACGCGCCACGCCGCGCUGGGCAGCUGGAGAGCUGGCGGCGGAGUGGGCCGGGAGCGGCGGGGGCGGCGCCCAGGCCGCGGGCGGGGGGAGGAGGGCCGCAGCCCGGGAGAGGGGAAAAGGCGGGCCGCACGGCGCCAGCAGCCAGCCCCGAGGACGCGAGCGGCAGGUGUGCACAGAGGUUCUCCACCUUUUUUUCUGAACUCGCAGUCAGGAUGGUUUUCUCUGGCAGGCAGUGUGGCCGUGUUGGCAGAACUGAAGAAGUUUUACUGACAUUCAAGAUAUUCCUUGUCAUCAUUUGUCUUCAUGUCGUUCUGGUAACAUCCCUGGAAGAAGAUACUGAUAAUUCCAGUUUGUCACCACCACCUGCUAAAUUAUCUGUUGUCAGUUUUGCCCCCUCCUCCAGUGGUACUCCAGAGGUUGAAACAACAAGCCUCAAUGAUGUUACUUUAAGCUUACCCCCUUUAAACAAAACAGAAAAAACUAAAAUCACUAUAGUAAAAACCUUCAAUGCAUCAGGCGUCAAACUCCAGAGAAAUAUCUGCAAUUUGUCAUCUAUUUGCAAUGACUCAGCAUUUUUUAGAGGUGAGAUCAUGUUUCAAUAUGAUAGAGAAAGCACCAUUCCCCAGAAUCAGCAUAUAACAAAUGGCACCUUAACUGGAGUCCUGUCUCUAAGUGAAUUAAAACGCUCAGAGCUCAACAAAACCCUGCAAACCCUAAGUGAGACUUAUUUUAUAAUGUGUGCUACAGCAGAGGCCCAAAGCACAUUAAAUUGUACAUUCACAAUAAAACUGAAUAAUACAAUGAAUGCAUGUGCUGUAAUAGCUGCUUUGGAAAGAGUAAAGAUUCGACCGAUGGAACACUGCUGCUGUUCUGUCAGGACACCCUGCCCUUCCUCCCCAGAAGAGUUGGAAAAGCUUCAGUGUGACCUGCAGGAUCCCAUUGUCUGUCUUGCUGACCAUCCACGUGGCCCACCAUUUUCUUCCAGCCAAUCCAUCCCAGUGGUGCCUCGGGCCACUGUGCUUUCCCAGGUCCCCAGUGCUACCUCUUUUGCUGAGCCCCCAGAUUAUUCACCGGUGACCCACAAUGUUCUCUCUCCAAUAGGGGAGAUUCACCCCCUUUCACCUCAGCCUUCAGCUCCCAUAGCUUCCAGCCCUGCCAUUGACAUGCCCCCACAGUCUGAAAUGAUCUCUUCCCCUAUGCCCCAAACCCAUGUUUCCGGCACCCCACCUCCUGUGAAAGCCUCAUUUUCCUCUCCCACCGUGUCUGCCCCUGCGAAUGUCAUCACUACCAGCGCACCUCCUGUCCAGACAGACAUCGUCAACACCAGCAGUAUUUCUGAUCUUGAGAACCAAGUGUCGCAGAUGGAGAAGGCUCUGUCCUUCGGCAGCCUGGAGCCUAACCUUGCAGGAGAAAUGAUAAACCAAGUCAGCAAACUUCUUCAUUCCCCGCCCGACAUGCUGGCCCCUCUGGCUCAAAGAUUGCUGAAAGUAGUGGAUGACAUUGGCCUACAGCUGAACUUUUCAAACAAGACCAUAAGUCUAACCUCCCCUUCUUUAGCUCUGGCCGUGAUCAGAGUGAAUGCCAGUAGUUUCAACACAACUACCUUUGUGGCCCAAGACCCUGCAAAUCUUCAGGUUUCUCUGGAAACCCAGGCUCCUGAGAACAGUAUUGGCACAAUUACUCUUCCUUCAUCGCUGAUGAAUAAUUUACCAGCUAAUGACAUGGAGCUAGCUUCCAGGGUUCAGUUCAAUUUCUUUGAAACACCUGCCUUGUUUCAGGAUCCUUCCCUGGAGAACCUCUCUCUGAUCAGCUACGUCAUAUCAUCGAGUGUUGCAAACCUGACCGUCAGGAACUUGACAAGAAACGUGACAGUCACAUUAAAGCACGUCAACCCGAGCCAGGAUAAGUUAACAGUGAGAUGUGUAUUUUGGGACUUGGGCAGAAAUGGUGGCAGAGGAGGCUGGUCAGACGAUGGCUGCUCCGUCAAAGACAGGAGAUUGAAUGAAACCAUCUGUACCUGUAGCCAUCUAACAAGCUUCGGCAUUCUACUGGACCUAUCUAGGACAUCUGUGCUGCCUGCUCAAACGAUGGCUCUGACGUUUAUUACAUAUAUUGGUUGUGGGCUUUCAUCAAUUUUUCUGUCAGUGACCCUUGUAACCUACGUAGCUUUUGAAAAGAUCCGGAGGGAUUAUCCUUCCAAAAUCCUCAUCCAGCUGUGUGCUGCUCUGCUUUUGCUGAACCUGGUCUUCCUCCUGGACUCGUGGAUUGCUCUGUAUAAGAUGCAAGGCGUCUGCAUUUCAGUGGCUGUAUUUCUUCAUUAUUUUCUCUUGGUCUCAUUCACAUGGAUGGGCCUAGAAGCAUUCCAUAUGUACCUGGCCCUUGUCAAAGUAUUUAAUACUUACAUCCGAAAAUACAUCCUUAAAUUCUGCAUUGUCGGUUGGGGGGUACCAGCUGUGGUUGUGACCAUCAUCCUGACUAUAUCCCCAGAUAACUAUGGGCUUGGAUCCUAUGGGAAAUUCCCCAAUGGCUCACCGGAUGACUUCUGCUGGAUCAACAACAAUGCAGUAUUCUACAUUACGGUGGUGGGAUAUUUCUGUGUGAUAUUUUUGCUGAACGUCAGCAUGUUCAUUGUGGUCCUGGUUCAGCUCUGUCGAAUUAAAAAGAAGAAGCAACUGGGAGCCCAGCGAAAAACCAGUAUUCAAGACCUCAGGAGUAUCGCUGGCCUUACAUUUUUACUGGGAAUAACUUGGGGUUUUGCCUUCUUUGCCUGGGGACCAGUUAACGUGACCUUCAUGUAUCUGUUUGCCAUCUUUAAUACUUUACAAGGAUUUUUCAUAUUCAUCUUUUACUGUGUGGCCAAAGAAAAUGUCAGGAAGCAAUGGAGGCGGUAUCUUUGUUGUGGAGAGUUACGGCUGGCUGAAAAUUCUGACUGGAGUAAAACUGCUACUAAUGGUUUAAAGAAGCAGACUGUAAACCAAGGAGUGUCCAGCUCUUCAAAUUCCUUACAGUCAAACAGUAACUCCACUAACUCCACCACACUGCUAGUGAAUAAUGAUUGCUCAGUACACGCAAGCAGGAAUGGAAAUGCUUCUACAGAGAGGAAUGGGGUUUCUUUUAGUGUUCAGAAUGGAGAUGUGUGCCUUCACGAUUUCACUGGGAAACAGCACAUGUUUAAUGAGAAGGAAGAUUCCUGCAAUGGGAAAGGUCGUAUGGCUCUCAGAAGGACUUCAAAGCGGGGAAGCUUACACUUUAUUGAACAAAUGUGAUUUCUUGUAAAAUCAAAGCAUGAUGCUUGACAGUGUGAAAUGUCCAAUUUUACCUUUUACACAAUGUGAGAUGUAUGAAAAUCAACUCAUUUUGUUCUUGGCAACAUCUGGAGAAGCAUAAGCUAAUUAAGGGCAAUGAUUAUUAUUACAAGAAGAAACCAAGACAUUACACCAUGGUUUUUAGACAUUUCUGAUUUGGUUUCUUAUCUUUCAUUUUAUAAGAAGGCUGGUUUUAAGCAAUACAUUAAGAAUGACUCCUAUAAAGAAAACCAAAAAAGGUAGUGAACUUUCAGCCACCUUUUAAAGAGGCUAAAUUAUCUCUGAUAACAUCAUACAAAGCAACUGUUGACUGCAGCCUGUUGGUGAGUUUAGUUGUGCAUGCCUUUGUUGUAUAUAAGCUAAAUUCUAGUGACCCAUGUGUCAAAAAUCUUACUUCUACAUUUUUUUUCUAUUUAUUUUCUACUGUGUAAAUGUAUUCCUUUGUAGAAUCGUGGUUGUUUUGUCUCAUGUGAUAAUUCAGAAAAUCCUUGCUCAUUCCACGAAUUCUAAAGCUCCUUUUGGAGAUGGUAUGGGAUGUGAAAUACAGAAACCUCAGUGAAAUCAAGAAAUAAUGAUCCCAGCCAGACUGGGAAAAUGUAAGCAGACAGUGCCACAGUUAGCUCAUACAGUGCCUUUGAGCAAGUUAGAAAAAGAUGCCCCCACUGGGCAGACACAGCCCUAUGGGCUCAUGGUUUGGCAAACAGAGUGGAGACCAUGUUUUAGCCCCACUCACCCUCUUGGGUGUACGACCUGUACAGCCAAACACAGCAUCCAAUACGAAUACCCAUCCCCUGACCGCAUCCCCAGUGGUCAGAUUAUAGAAUCUGCACCAAGAUAUUUAGCUUUAUACCUUGGCCACAGAGAGGGAUGAACUGUCAUCCAGACCAUGUGUCAGGAAAAUUGUGAACAUAGAUAAGGUACAUACACUGCUGCUUCUCAAAUCCCCAGAGCCUUUCAGAACAGGAGAGUAGACUAGGAUUCCUUCUCUUAAAAAGGUAUAUAUAUAUAUAUAUAUAUAUAUAUGGAAAACAAAAUCAUAUUGCUGUUCUUUAAAAGGCAACUGCAUGGUACAUUGUUGAUUGUUAUGACUGGUACACUCUGACCCAGCCAGAGCUAUAAUUGUUUUUCAAAUGUGUCUUGAAGAAUGCAUAGUGACAAGGGGAGCAGCUAUUGGGAACAGGGAACUGUCCUGCACUGCUAUUGUUGCUACAUGUAUCGAGCCUUGAUUGCUCCUAGUUAUAUACAGGGUCUGUCUUGCUUCCCACCUACAUCUGCUUGAGCAAUGCCUCAAGUACAUCCUUAUUAGGAACAUUUCAAAACCCUUUUAGUUAAGUCUUUCACUAAGGUUCUUUUGCAUAUAUUUCAAGUGAAUGUUGGAUCUCAGACUAACCAUAGUAAUAAUACACAUUUCUGUGAGUGCUGACUUGUCUUUGCAAUAUUUCUUCUCUGAUUUAUUUGUCUUGUAUUUAAAUGUUAAAAUCAAAAAUGUUAAAAUCAAUGAAAUAAAUUUGCAGUUAAGAUCUUUAA